UUCUUUUAAGAAAACAAAAAAGUUGUUUAAAAUUUCACACAUUUUAAAAGAGAUCAGAAAAUUUUAAACACAAACAAAAAUUUAUUGAUCCCCAGCAACCACUUUUUUCAUUAUAAAAUUUAAUCAUUCUCAAACAAACCCCUCACUAUUGCAAUCUAAAUAUCACUGUGUUUUUUGCUCAACCUAAUACUAGUGGCAAAUUAGUGUUCUUGCUCUUUAAAAAAAUUCUGAGAAGUGUUGAUAAUCAAAACAAAAACUACAACUAAUGUGGAUUAAUAACAAUUAAAGCAUCCAUUGAUGAAUGUUUUCAACACUAACAGCUAAAAUAUACCCACAGAAGCCGAAAAAUAAGAACCACGUGAUAUUAAAUAUUUUAUGGUUCAAUUGUAUUUUAUUGUGACUGACUGCUCAUAACAUUCACAAUACACAAUAGUCACAAAACUAUAUUAAUGGGGUUUGAACCGUAUUUAUACGAACGAAUCAAAGUAUACACGCUAAACAUUCACAACAUUGUAAUUAACUCAGAUAUUUUUAAUGUCCGCAAAACAUCAAAAAUUGCAAAAAAACUGCGUAUAAAAAACCGAAAUUAAAUAUACAAUAACAGAUUCAGUUUACAAGCAUAAAUCGAACAAAAAAUUCAAAAAAGUAAAAUAAAACAGCGUAUAACAAACGGAAAAACUUAAAAUCCUAUAACUAGUAAAUAAAAAAGUAAAAAAUGUAUUUUACACCCACAAUAUUUAUAGUAAAGCUACUGGUGGCAAUGCAAGUGUUAAUGACACUUGAUAUGCCCUUGAGCACAACGAUGGCAUUGCCUGUUACAUCGAAGCCCAUCGAAAGUACAGUGGAAAAUUUGGCAUGGCAGGCCUGGAUUGAAUUACCACCGGAACAAAAACAACAAGUAAAAUCACGUAAAGUUACACCAAAAUCAAUAUUUACUUUGCCAUUACGAGUGGAGUGUCCGGAGGGACACAAACAGGUGGACACUAAAUGUAUACCCAUCGUUAUUGGUUCCAAUGAUGUAUUGAUAGAUUUGAAUGCAUUGGGUCUGUUGGUGGGAAAUACCCAAACCGAUGAGCUCUACGAUUACGAUGAUGUGGGAGAAGAAAUGGGUAGCCCUCUACCUUAUGGAAGUGAAAUGCAAAUUGGGGAAGCAGAAAAAUCUGUAGAAGGCAUAACGGUUGAAUUGAAGCCACCCUCGAAAGAUGAACCUUUAAAAUUUAAUAUAUUUGAAAAUAAAUUCAAUAUAUUUCAUGAAGAACCAUUGGAGGACUAUUCAUCAAUAUCAAAUGAAGGUGUACAAAGCUCGGAAAAGCAACAAAAUUUUACAUUGACUACUCCCCAGACAACGAACAAAACUACCAAUGCUCAAGCCAACAUAACAGCCAUUAAUGAUUUGGUUAGUGAAGCAUCAAAUAUUUCUGAAAAUAGUUUUGAAAUUUACAUGCAGCGCGAGAAAGGUUCCUCUUUGUCCACUGAUAAUGUAGCUCAUGAAACUUAUACUUUGACAACUUUGGCCGAUGAUCCAGACUUUAGGAUCGAAGCCAUUUCAUUGCCAGCUGCUGGUUUUGAAAUUCUAAAACCCAAUAAGCUGUCGAUAGUACAAAAUGAUAGUUCCAUACAACUGGUCACUUCUAUAAUGGAUACAGACACUACAACAAGCAAUGAUGAUCAUGACAGAAAGGUAGAAAAUGAUUUGCAGACAUUAUUACAAACUGAAUCUUUUUUGCCCAUGUUGCAACAGGCGACUGCUACAUCAUUGCAAGACACGAAUGUGGCUACAGCAGAAAAUUCUUCACUUACUACAAUUUCUUCUCAAGAACCCAGUGAAAGUUCCCUAGACACUCUAAGCCUCAAUGUGGAGAAUGAAGAAAUGACGACUUUACCCAAUGUAAUGGAACAAGAUGUGGAAGUGAAAGAUAAACAGGAAUACACAAGAAGUGUUACCCGAAAUCCAUUAAUAAGCAAUGAUAGUGAUAGUAAUGUUGAUGAUAAUGCCAAUAAUGAUGACGUUAAAGAUACAACCUUGGAAUCCGUAACGAAUGAUGAACCUUUAGAAACCACAACACCAAUACAAUUGGAUGACACAACUAUAAUUGAAACAUCUUCGUCUUUGUCUACCACACCAGCAACACAAGUUGAACUUAAAGAAUUGCUGUUGCAACAAGAACAAGCUCAAAAGGAUUUUGAAGAAUUACAGCGAAUGCGCAAAGGCCAAAAAGAUCAACAACAUGUUGUGUUAAAGAAAUCGAAAGUAGAACCGGUUGAGGUGUUGUCCACAACAACAGAAGCAGCAACUACAACAACUGUUACUAACCUGCCAACUGAAACCGAAACAAAAACAAAAACACAAGAUGAAUUUGUAACAAAAACACCAGAAACAGCAGUGACACCGUUACUUACAGUCCAUAAUGAAAAAGAUAAUAAUGACCGGUUUUACUACCAACAUUUUGCCAAACAAGACAGCGAAGAAAUACAGCGCUCUGGCAGUGUUACAACAACAAUAGAGGCAACAGAAGCAGCAGCAGCAACUAAGGCUACAGAAAUUGAAACAAUUCCAUUAUCAAGUGAAAUUGAUCUGACCGAAGAAUUACGUUUAAUUAACGAGUUAGUGAAGGGCAUACGACCAGCUACCACCUUAACAACAAUCAAAUCAAUGCAAGCAACAAUUACAACAACAGAAAACCCUACAACCAAAACAAUAUUGCCUGAUAAAAUUCAGUCAAGUAGCUCUUCUGUUUCUCUGAGUGAAAGUUCAACAAUGGCAACUAAACCUACUCCAUCAACUUUACAAAUAUGGUCUAAAAUAAUGCCACUAUUAACAUCAACAACUCCCAAAAGUUCUUCACAUGAAAAUUUUAAAACGACCAAAAGCUCAACUUUAAGCACACAAGAAGUUUCGAAUGAUAUACAAAUAAGUGAAUCAACGCCUUCCUCUUCUAUGCGCAGCAAUAGAAAUAGUAAAAUCAUUAGAAUAAAUGGUUUUAACAGUAUUUCAACUGGAAAAGACCCUACCACUUCUACAUCCACAACAACAGAGGAAACAACAACAAUUAAAGAUUUUUCCGCCAGCGGUAAAAGUGAAAAUCUAGAAUCUUCUACUGAGAGUAACACUUAUCAACCCUACUGGUGGCUGCCGGUGGCCUGGCGUUUAGAUAAACCUAUAAGCAGUGAAAAACAAGUGGAAAAAGAACAAGAGGUAAAAUCCGAAGAACAACCUUUGUUAUUACGAUUUUGGUCAGCAUAUCAUGCUCCCAAAUCAAGUUAAACUAUAGUUUGAAUUUUGUUUUUUAGUAUAAAUGUUUGAAGGGAAAACUAAAAAAACACCUCAAAAGUAUUAAAUAAAAAACUUUAAAGUUUUAUUUAGUCAAUGAUGGGUGAAAAAGGUUUUAAAGCUUUCGGGUCCAGAUAUACCAUUGUUGUCAGCAUCAUUGAAACGUUAACAAGAAAGUAUUAACGUUUUUAAUGGACUGCAAAGUAUAAUUUAACGUUGAACACCUUUUAUAUAAUUGGGUUUUAAAUAAUUAAAAAAAAAAACAAAGUUCUUUUCAAUAUUUUUGGUAAUGUUUUCAAAAAUUUUGCAAAAGGUUUAAUAAACGGUUGUUUUGUUUUACUUUGGUUAAAGCUAAAGUUUGUAAAAUAAUUUUACUCAAUCAAAAGCUUUUAAACAGUAUUAACUAAAUGCAGAGUAUGAAGUUUUGUCUUUUUUUGAGCAGUAAGUACAGACACUUUGUUUACUAUUAUGGUUAAUAUUUUGAAGUUGUGGCUGUUUUAUAUUUUUUUAAAAAUCAGCAUUUUUUAUGCAAAAAUAAAUUUUUACUUAUUAUUUUCAUAGCUUUUUUCUGUUAUAUUCAACUUUGUUGUGAUUUUUAAAGGCUUUUAUUAUAAACUUAACUGUUUAUUAUUUCAAAAGCUUAAACAAGAUUAUAAACUUUUGAUAUUUAGGAAUGCCGUGUCAUGUUAAAAUUCAAACACGAUUUGAAAUGACAGUUUUAAUUAAAUAAGAGCUUAAUUACUUUUUACAAAUUUUAGAUUCCUUUACACUUUGCAGGAAUAAAAUGUUCUAAUAUAUUUUCUAAAAAGCUUUUUUAAACUGAAUUUCUUAUUCUUUUUUUCUGUGCUUUUUAUUCAAAAAGCUUAUAUUUACAUCCUGAAAUUCUAAGAGUUUUUAACCUUUGAUCCCAUCAUCUUACGCCGUCAUAUACAUAUUUUAAAGCAUACCUUUAAAUUAUCGAUAUUAUAUUUACUUAUGAGAUUUUAAUAAAAUUUAUGCCUUUUUUCUAAAAUCCACCCAAACAUUACAACAGGAAGUUAAAGAAAAUUUAAAUAAAUUUUUGUAUUACAAUUUGUUAUUAUUUUUUGUGUUAAUAAUAAUUUUAAGUUGUUGUUGUUUGUACAUAUAAUUUGUUUUAUAAAAUGUUAGAAGAACUGAGGAGAACAAAAAAUCGAAAAAGGGUUACACUAAAUACGUGAGACCAGUAGCAAUAUUUACUUGUGAUUUACAAAAAACCUUAAAUAAGUAAAAACAAAACUA